UACUCAAGGCGCACGCGCACUGCAUCGCUUCCGGCGUUUUUAAUAAUUCGCAAGAGCAGAUCGGAGAGUUACGCAUGCGCGGAGAAUAGUUACUGCUACGUGUGAGUGAUGGCUGAGGCUGCGGUACAAGUUGAUUCCAGGUGGUUGCCGGACAUGGAGUUCAUUAAACAGGAGCUUCAGAGGCAAGACCCGACCCUGCUCUCGGUGGGGGUCGCCCUGAUUGUGGUUUUGCUCAGCUUUGUUCUGUGGAAGAUUCUGAGAGGCAGUCGGAUCAGCCGCAGAGCAGUGCUCCUUGUUGGAGUGUGUGACUCCGGAAAAACUCUACUUUUCAACAGGUUGCUUACAGGAACAUACAAGAAAACCCAAACAUCUAUCACUGCCAAUACUGCUGCAUAUAAAGUGAAGAGUGACAAGGGGUCCAGUUUGACACUUGUUGACCUUCCUGGUCAUGAAAGUUUGAGGUUUCAAUUCCUGGAGCAAUAUAAAGCAUCAGCAAGGGCCUUGCUGUUUGUAGUGGACAGUUCAGCAUUCCAACGUGAGGUGAAAGAGGUGGCUGAGCUUCUUUACCAGCUAUUGACAGAUGUGGAAAUACAGAAAAAUGCACCACCAAUACUUCUUGCUUGCAAUAAACAAGAUAUUUCAAUGGCCAAAUCAGCCAAACUUGUACAGCAGCAGUUGGAGAAAGAGCUGAACACUCUUCGUGUUACCCGCUCAGCUGCUCCCAGCACCUUGGAGAGUAGCAACUCAGGCGUAACACAACUUGGGAAGAAAGGCAAAGACUUUGAUUUUACCCAGUUGCCUAUGAAGGUUGAAUUCCUGGAAUGCAGCACUCGAGACAGUAAAGAAGAGGAUGGUGAUGCCAACAUCAGUAAUGUUGAGGGCUGGCUGGCUAAGCUAGUUUGGUAAACGUAUACCAAGUUGUAGAAGGACAUGGGCACUCAGCUGAUGAAACAUUUUAAUGAAUUUCUCUGCACUUUGACUUGUAAGGGAAACUCUUAUUUGGUCGGUGCCUUGUCAACAACUGCUGCAUUUUCUUUCUUCCUACACUCCACAUACAAGAAAAGUGCAGCUCUAAGGAAACCAUGUCCCUUAUAUGAACUUUUGUACUCCAUUUGUGUGGAGGGGAUUACUAAUGCAGGGCAACUUUUAGUUUUCUGCAACUUCCACCAUUCCAUUUGCAGUUGGAUGUUGGGAGACCUAUUUAGACAUCUGGAGGACUGCAGGUUGUGUUGCAUUAGGGUCAUAUUUAUUCUGAAUUAGAACUUUUAAAUAAAUGAUGUUCAGUAUUAAA